GAAGAUGGCGAAGUGUUGACAAUAAGCCAUAUAUUCUUACCAAUAUUACUAUUUAUUGAACAAGCUGGGUAAAACAUUUUUUUUGUAAAGGUUUUUCAUCUUCAUAGUAGUUCUACAGUAGUUGUGACCGGUUUCACAAAACCAAGGGCUUAAAAUGUCUGAGACGAGUGGUUUGCGUCAACGGAUAAGCUCCGUCAUGGACAUUCUAACCUCCGCUGCGGUGACAGAGAUUUGCAAGUUAGUAGAGGAUUGUUGUGGAGCGUUAAGUGUAGAAGUCUCUCAAAGCAAAGAGCAAAUCAAAAUGCUAGAGAAGCAACUCAGCCUGACCGAGUCGAGGUACAUGUCGGUGAGUGGCAAAGGAGGUCAGACGCCUGUCAGCAGCGGCUCACCAAUAAACAACAGUCCUCCGGGCAAUUACCCCACGGCCAAUGUCGAUGAUGCGGACGACACUCACGAUGACAAAGAUUUCCAGCAGUUCAAUGUCUCUGAAGUGGAGUUUCUCCCUGAGCAGCCGCAUUGUAAGCAGGAGUUGAGCCCCAUCCUGGGGCAAGAUGACUGGAACCCCAUACAGAUUAAAGAGGAACAGGAGGAAUUCAGGAUCAUCCAGGAGGAGGAAGACUCUGUAUUCACUCCUGCCUUGGUGAAGAGUGACUAUGAUCAGUACUCAACUCAGUCCUCACAAACCCAAAGUGAUAAAUAUGAAGACAGAAUGGCCUCAACUGAACAGAUCAAAACAGAACCUAAGGAAGAUAAUUCCUCAGAGCCAACAAGUGACUCUCAUCCCCAGUGCAAAUUGAAGAAGACAUGGACAGAAAUAGGACAAAGCUCGAAGGAUAGAAAAACCAUGGAUCUAAGGUCACCAGUGCAAAUGAGUCACACAGAAGAGAAACCAUUUUGUUGUAGUGAUUGUGGUGAACGUUUCACUCAGAUGGGAAAACUGGAUGCUCAUAGGAAGGCCCACAAUGGAAAGAAACCGCAUCGCUGUGAUGAAUGUGGCAAAUGUUUUACUCAAAUUGGGUAUCUAAACUAUCACAGAAAGACUCACACAGGGGAGAAACCUCAUCGCUGUCAUGAUUGUGGCAAAUGUUUCUAUCGAGUUGGUGAUCUGACACUUCAUAUGAGGAUUCACACAGGGGAAAAACCACUUUGCUGCCAGGUCUGUGGCAAAUGUUUUGCUCGUCCUAGUAAUCUGAGGUCUCACAUUAGGAUUCACACAGAGAAAUGUUAUUCCUGUCAUUAUUGUGGCAAAUAUUUUCGGCGUAAAGAUAGUCUGACCGUGCACAUGAGGAUUCACACAAGGGAAAUCAUAUAAUUGUUGCUAUAGUAGCACAUCUUUCAGCACUGGCGGUAGUCACAUGAGUUCAUGUGAGGAUAAAUCACAUGAGCUAUAAACUAUAUCGCUGUCGGGAUUGUUGUAAAUGUUUCAAUAAUUGUAAGAAUAUGAGGAGACCAAGAGCAGGAACCACAUGCUACCAUGACUUGCAAAUAUUUCAUAACUGCCUUUCUUUAACAUUAGCUAGGUUUCCAUUCAAUUGGCGACAGAUAUUAAUGUGAAUAUUCUAAAUUCUGCAUAAAGAAAAUAUGCGCAUUUUCCCACCAGUUUCCACCAAGCAGACUUGUUGUGGAUAAAAAUCAGUGUGUGAUGACGUGGUGCACACAAUGUACAUUUUCGCUUAAGUUUUCAUGUACCAAAUCAAAAUCUAACUAUGUGAAUAGUUUUGUCACAAACUGUUGCUUUAAAUAGCAAAUGUGCCUACUCUGGUCUUGGCUCGUGCUCUCUAACCAACAGGUCGCAGAGACAGGGUAGGCUGUGCGGGUAGGCUAGCCUUCAUGAUGAGAUUUAUUAUGGAUAAGAGUGAGAAUAUUUUGUAUUCAUCGAUCUUCAUGUCAAUAAGACCCUCAAUAUUUUUGAGAAAGGAGCAUCAAGCUCAUACCAUGCACUUUCACCACCCUGUGAAGUUCAUCAUAACAUGACGCGUUCUACUCUGAUUUAGUCAUCGUCUCCUGUGUUCCUGACCCUGAGUUGGCUCUAGAAAAUGUAUUCUCCAUAUUUAUUCCUCUGGCAGAUACACACACCCUUUUUAAACAAUUCAGAGUCAAAGAUUGAUCUAACCCUUGGCCUGUAUCUGAGCUCAUUCAGAUGAGAAAUCAGGCCUGGGCCAAUUCAAGGAAACUAACUUUGUAGUGGACUGACAAUCUUUCAGACAAUUGAGAAACAGAUGUCCUAUCUCGAUUUCAGAAGCUUAAUCAAGCAAUCUCUGACUCUGCUGGUGAUCCUUCUAAGUUUUGGAAAACAGUCAAUGUGCUGAAUAGAACACAUUCCUCUUCUUCCGUGCCAAGGCAGGCCUCUGGCAUCAUAACUGAGAACAAUGGGAUAAGUGAUGCUUUUAAUCAUCUUUUUUAUCUCGGCAGGCUUUUUACUUGAGAAAAACUGGUUUAAUUGAUCCUGGUAAGUCAAUCAACUGCUCUUCCCUCUGCCAGCCUCCAGCUGACACGACUGUUAACCCGUCAACUUAUAGUGAAUCUUUGUUUAUUUCAACAAUUUACUAUCUGUGAUGUACUAGAUGCUUUGCUUAAGAUUGAUGUGUAAAAAUGUUUUUUUUUAAUAAUAAUAUUAAAAAAUCCCCUGGGGCUAAUAUGCUUGAUCCAUUUUUGCUGCAGUUCUCUGCCCCCCUGAUUGCUGAAUUAUUAACCCAUCUUUAUCCUGACCAUUAUACAGUGGGACAAAAAAAGUAUUUAGUCAGCCACCAAUUGUGCAAGUUCUCCCACUUAAAAAGAUGAGAGGCCUGUAAUUUUCAUCAUAGGUACACUUCAACUAUGACAGACAAAAUGAUACUUUUUUUCUCUCCAGAAAAUCACAUUGUAGGAUUUUUAAUGAAUUUAUUUGCAAAUUAUGGUGGAAAAUAAGUAUUUGGUCAAUAACAAAAGUUUAUCUCAGUACUUUGUUAUAUACCCUUUGUUGGCAAUGACAGAGGUCAAACGUUUUCUGUAAGUCUUCACAAGGUUUCCACACACUGUUGCUGGUAUUUUGGCCCAUUCCUCCAUGCAGAUCUCCUCUAGAGCAGUGAUGUUUUGGGGCUUUUGCUGGGCAACACGGACUUUCAACUCCCUCCAAAGAUUUUCUAUGGGGUUGAGAUCUGGAGACUGGCUAGGCCACUCCAGGACCUUGAAAUGCUUCUUACGAAGCCACUCCUUCGUUGCCCGGGCGGUGUGUUUGGGAUCAUUGUCAUGCUGAAAGACCCAGCCACGUUUCAUCUUCAAUGCCCUUGCUGAUGGAAGGAGGUUUUCACUCAAAAUGUCACGAUACAUGGCCCCAUUCAUUCUUUCCUUUACACGGAUCAGUCGUCCUGGUUCCUUUGCAGAAAAACAGCCCCAAAGCAUGAUGUUUCCACCCCCAUGCUUCACAGUAGGUAUGGUGUUCUUUGGAUGCAACUCAGCAUUCUUUGUCCUCCAAACACGACGAGUUGAGUUUUUACCAAAAAGUUCCAUUUUGGUUUCAUCUGACCAUAUGACAUUCUCCCAAUCUUCUUCUGGAUCAUCCAAAUGCUGUCUAGCAAACUUCAGAUGGGCCUGGACAUGUACUGGCUUAAGCAAGGGGACACGUCCCGCACUGCAGGAUUUCAGUCCCUGGCGGCGUAGUGUGUUACUGAUGGUAGGCUUUGUUACUUUGGUCCCAGCUCUCUGCAGGUCAUUCACUAGGUCCUCCCGUGUGGUUCUGGGAUUUUUGCUCACCGUUCUUGUGAUCAUAUUGACCCCACAGGGUGAGAUCUUGCGUGAAGCCCCAGAUCGAGGGAGAUUAUCAGUGGUCUUGUAUGUCUUCCAUUUCCUAAUAAUUGCUCCCACAGUUGAUUUCUUCAAACCAAGUUGCUUACCUAUUGCAGAUUCAGUCUUCCCAGUCUGGUGCAGGUCUACAAUUUUGUUUCUGGUGUCCUUUGACAGCUCUUUGGUCUUGGCCAUAGUGGAGUUUGGAGUGUGACUGUUUGAGGUUGUAGACAGGUGUCUUUUAUACUGAUAACAAGUUCAAACAGGUGCCAUUAAUACAGGUAACGAGUGGAGGACAGAGGAGCCUCUUGAAGAAGUUACAGGUCUGUGAGAGCCAGAAAUCUUGCUUGUUUGUAGGUGACCAAAUACUUAUUUUCCACCAUAAUUUGCAAAUAAAUUCAUAACAAAUCCUACAAUGUGAUUUUCUGGAUUUUUUCCCCUCAUUUUGUCUGUCAUAGUUGAAGAGUACCUAUGGUGAAAAUUACAGGCCUCUCAUCUUUUUUAAGUGGGAGAACUUGCACAAUUGGUGGCUGACUAAAUACUUUUUUUGCCCCACUGUACAUGGACUUGAAAUGGCCACUUUAAUAAUGGAACACUAGUCACUUUACUCAUGUGUAAUGUUUACAUACUGCUUUACUCAUCUCAUGUGUAUAUACUGUAUUCUAUUCUACUGUAUUUUAGUCUAUGCCACUCUGACAUUGCACAUCUUAAUAUUGAUAUAUUCCUUAAUUCCAUUAUUUUACUUUUAGGUUGUGUGCAUUGUUGUGAAUUGUUAGAUAUUACUGCAUGGUUGGAGCUAGAAACACAAGCAUCACCACACCUGCAAUAACAUCUGCUAAACAUGUGUAUGUGACAAAACAUUUGAUUUGAUUUAACUCGCAUAAAAACUGUGGAUGGAAAUGUAGCUACUGUGUGUGAGACAUUCACACAGGAGGAAUCUUACAAGUGUCUGUCAAAUGCUUAAGUGCCAAAAGUGCAUUGAAUAGUCUUUAGAGAAUAAAAACUAAGAAGAAACUA